AUGCGACACAAUGCACGCAGAAACUCUGCUGAUGUACUGCUGCUUCUCUCUGCUGAUCUACUGCGGCCUAUCACUGCUGAUCUGCUGCUGCUUCUCACUGCUGAUCCACUGCAUCUUAUCACUGAUAAUCCACUGCCACUUAUCACUGCUGAUAUACCGCUGCUUCUCAGUGCUGAUGUACUGCUGCUUCUCUCUGCUGAUCUACUGCGGCCUAUCACGGCUAAGGUACUGCAGCUUAUCACUGCUGAUGUACUGCUGCUUUUCACUGCUAAUCCACAUUCGCUUCUCACUGCUUAUCGCCUGCUGCUUUUCACUGCUGAUCUACUGCUGCUUUUCACUGCUGAUCCACAGUCACUUAUCACUGCUGAUCUACUGUUGCUUCUCACUGCCGAUCCAAUGCUUCUUAUCACUGUUAAUCCACUGCCACUUAUCACUGUUGAUCUACUGCUGCUUCUCACUGCUGAUGUACUGCUGCUUCUCUCUGCUGAUCCACUGCUGCCUAUGACUGCUGAUCUACAGCUGCUUAUCACUACUGAUCCGCAGUCGCUGAUCUACUGUUGCUUCUCGCUGCUGGUCCACUUCUUCUUACCACUGAUAAUCUACUGCCACUUACCACUGAUAAUCUACUGCCACUUAUCACUGCUGAUCCAUUGCCGCUUAUUACUGCUGAUCUACUGCUGCUUUUCAUGA